GGCUUCUUUCGUGAGCAGCUCAGCAAGAGAAAGAGAAGCCUUCGAACCUGCAUUCACAAACAAGCUUACUAGAGACUUGAGACUAGAGACUAGAGAGAGAGAGAGAGAGUUUCACAUUCAGUAUAUUUUAAGCUAUGUAACUCAAAAGAAAUGCAGGAUUUCUCGUGAGAGCACUAAAAUCUAUAACCACCAAAUUUCAACAUCACUUCACGUGUUUCACUCUUGAAUCCAUUUCCAAUUUUCAACCAUCUAGAAACCAAGCUUUCUUGAUCACUUCCUUCGACUAAUAGUUUAGUUAUUUGGUGAUUAAAUCUUUGAAUCACUUUUUUGUACUUUUGUGACUGAAACACUUUUCAAGUGUGAUCCAUUAUCAUCAUCUUCAUCUUGGCAAAAGCCUUGAGAGUACCAUUGCAAUGGAUUCCUGCCUUAUGGCUCUGAAUACUAACACCAACUUGGUGAAAGCUAGCAAAGGUGGUAUUAACACUGGAGAUAAAGAGUUUUUGGGAGAAAUGAUCAGAGGAAGUUCAAAGAAUAGUGUUUGGUUCAAUCAGAUGAAAAGAAGAUUAAAAGCUGACUGGAAUGUUAAUAAGGUCAAACCUGGUGUUGCUUAUGCUGUAUUAACAUCAAAUAAUCCCAAGGAGAUUGUGACCUUAUCACCACCACCACCACCACCACGAUUUGAAAGGCGAAAAGUGGACCCAAAAAAUGUAGCAUCAAUCAUAUUGGGAGGAGGUGCAGGGACUCAGCUGUUUCCUCUUACCAGAAGGGCAGCAACACCAGCUGUACCGGUGGGAGGAUGCUAUAAGCUUAUAGAUAUCCCUAUGAGCAAUUGCAUCAACAGUGGGAUAAACAAAAUAUUUGUGUUAACACAAUUCAACUCCGCUUCCCUUAAUCGGCACCUUGCUCGCACAUAUUUUGGAAAUGGUAUUAACUUCGGAGACGGAUUUGUGGAGGUUCUAGCAGCUACUCAAACACCUGGAGAAGCAGGAAUGAACUGGUUCCAAGGAACAGCAGAUGCUGUGAGGCAAUUUACAUGGGUUUUUGAGGAUGCCAAGAACAGGAAUGUUGAGAAUAUACUGAUCUUGUCUGGAGAUCAUCUUUACCGAAUGGACUAUAUGGACUUUGUGCAGCAUCAUGUCGACAGUAAUGCUGAUAUCACAAUUUCAUGUGCAGCAGUUGGUGAGAGCCGCGCAUCAGAUUAUGGUUUGGUGAAGAUAGACAGCAGAGGCCGAAUUGUCCACUUUGCUGAAAAGCCAGGAGGAGCUGAAUUGAAAUCAUUGAAAGCUGAUACCACUCAACUAGGAUUGUCUCCGCAAGAUGCCUUGAAAUCCCCCUAUAUUGCAUCAAUGGGAGUCUAUGUAUUUAGGACUGAGAUUUUAUUGAAGCUUCUAAGGUGGAGAUUUCCUACAUCAAAUGACUUUGGUUCCGAAAUUAUACCUGCUGCUGUCAUGGAGCACAAUAUCCAAUCAUAUAAUUUUAGAGACUAUUGGGAAGAUAUUGGAACAAUAAAAUCAUUCUAUGAAGCUAACCUGGCUCUCACUGAAGAGCCUCCCACGUUCGAGUUUUAUGACCCAAAGACACCCUUCUAUACAUCUCCUCGAUUCUUACCACCAACCAAAAUUGAUAAAUGCCGGAUUGUAGAUGCAAUAAUCUCCCAUGGAUGCUUUCUGAGAGAAUGUACUGUACGCCACUCUGUGGUUGGUGAACGCUCACGUUUAGAUUAUGGUGUUGAGUUAAAGGACACUGUGAUGCUGGGAGCUGACUACUACCAAACUGAAACUGAAAUUGCAUCUCUUUUAGCAGAAGGAAAAGUCCCUAUUGGUGUUGGAAGGAACACAAAAAUCAAGAACUGCAUAAUUGACAAGAAUGCCAAGAUAGGAAAAGACGUGGUCAUUGUGAAUAAAGAUGGUGUGCAAGAAGCAGAUAGACCAGAAGAAGGAUUCUACAUCCGGUCCGGAAUUACCAUCAUAAUGGAGAAGGCUACAAUAGAGGAUGGCACAGUGAUAUAAAUGGAUCUCAACCAAUUACAAGAUACGGGUUUUGGGUGUUGAGCGGGGUAAAUUUUGAAGCAGUUGUUGGUUAAGUGCAGCCUGGAGAAGAAGCUCCAUGCUUACAGUGGCAGCAUUAUAGUCUGAAAAGAAGAAGAAAGAAAGCUGCACAAUCUUUAUCCUAUCUAAACUACAAGCUCAUUCUGCAAAACUAGAGCCUCCUGCAUUUACGGUUGCCAAAAGUUCUCCCACAAAUAAAUUAAAAGAGCUAACCAGUUAGCUACUUGGUUUCUUUCUAGGUUUUAUAUAAAGCCUGUAUCCCUAGCUAUAAAUGAUACAGUGAACUGUAUUCCAAAAAAGAGAAAAUACUAUGAAUUAGCAUUUUCCUGUACUAGAACUUCUGAUGAUGUGAAAAUAUAAUAAAUAAGGCUCUACAGUUUGUAGUUGCCAUUUUUAUA